AUGUCCUCAGACAACACUCACAGUGUUCCCGUUCCAGCUGCCCCGCCACGUGACUUCCACUACAAAUACACAGUACAGAAAGGCGUGUUUCUGCAAUCCGAAGACUCCACCGACGACACCACAUUCGACUUCAAGAAGCAAAACUUCGGCCUGAUAGACCGCUCGUACCCUACAGACUCGGACCAAGACAGUAAAGAGAAGAUCUGGCCGCGCUUCGAGCACUACGCGCGCUCCCUCGCCUCCUCCGUCACAGACGGCGCGAGCUUCAAGGUCCUAUUCCUCGGCCGCCACGGGCAGGGCUGGCACAACGUCGCAGAAUCAAAAUACGGCACCCACGCGUGGGAUUGCUACUACUCGGCGCUCGACGGCCACGACGGCUUGGUAUGGGCCGACGCGCACCUGACGCCCGUUGGCGAGCAGCAGGCGCAGGACGUCAACGCGCUCUGGGCUGAGAAACUCACCCAAGGCCUGCCGCCGCCGGAGACGUACUACGUCUCGCCGCUGACGCGAACGAUUCAGACCGCGGACCUGUCGUUCCGGGGCUUGAAUCUCCCAGCGGGAAAAGAUUACACACCAUACAUUGUCGAACUGCUCCGCGAGGCGCUGGGCGUGCACACGUGCGACCGGCGCAGCACAAAGACAGCGCUCGAGCGCGCAUUUCCCCAUCUGAACUUCGAGCGCGGCUUCAGCGAGAAUGAUGCACUGUGGGAGGCCGACUACCGCGAGCCAAGACGCGCGAGGAAGUACAGGCUGGCUACGUUUCUGGACCGUGUGUUUGCACAGGACGAGAAUGUGUUUCUGAGCCUCACCAGCCAUUCGGGCGCGAUUGCGAGCAUCUUGGAGGCUGUGGGCCAUCGGCCUUUCGCGUUGGAGACCGGGGGUGUGAUUCCGGUGUUUCUGAGAGCGGAGAGGGUUGAGGGUUCGAGAGAGGUCCCGCCCAAGGAGCCCAGCGAGACGCCGCCCAUGUGUGAUGGGCCGUCUGCAGUGGAAGGGCAUCAAGCUAGCAUUUGA